AAGAAAGAAAAAGCAAGAUACUGUGUUACGGGUCAACGAGUUUAACCCAUCUUCUACCGUGGCAUUGCUGCUCUCUGGGAAGGCAGCAAAACAGGAGGGCGUCUCGGUGAAAUGUGACCGUUAUUCCGUUGUUUUCAAUGAGGUUGGGACUGCAGCCGUUGCAGCUAGCUCGGUACGGCCGCGUUGAUGCAGCAGCGCACGGCUGUGGUGUUCAAAUCCACCACCGGAUCUGGGAAGACAAUAGGUGAAAUAUACGCCGGCCUGGACUCCCAAGACUACGCUAAACGAGAGUCUCCAUCCGCUUCGGCUUCACUAGUGUCUGUGUGAGGAAUCGGUUCAGAGAGUGAAGUGACAGGCGGCAGGUCGCUGGAUCAGGAUGGCGGCCGUAGUGAACUACUCUCCGCCAUGGUGGGUGAACUUGCUCCACCGGCUGCCUCAUUUCAACAUCGAAUUCCAGCUUGUGAGCAGUGACUUCAGACCGGAAGACUCUGAGUACCAGAAGUCCAUUUUGCUGCUCGGGGCUAUAGCGUUGCUGUGUUUGGGCCUCGACCUCCUCUUCCUCCUCUUCUACUCAUUCUGGCUUUGCUGCCGGCGACGCAAGAGUGACGACUCCUCGCACUCCCAUACGCACUCCCAGCAGCCCAGCGCUGACUGCUGCUGCACCGCCUGGUGCGUCAUCAUCGCCACACUCGUCUGCAGUGCUGGCAUUGCUGUCGGAUUCUACGGAAACGGGGAGUCGAGUGAUGGAGCGAAUCGUUUGGCAUACUCCCUCCGUCAUGCCAACCGCACCGUGUCCGGGGUGGAGAAACUGGUGUCAGAAAAUGCCCUAGCCUUAAAUCAGACAGUGGAGGAGAGCUUGGUCCAGCUGGAGACAGCCUUCCAGGAGCAGACAGACUACGUGUCCAUCGUCCAAAAGCUGCAGGGACAGCUGGACGAGCUGGUGAGGCUUAUGGUGGAUGUCCCCUUCUGGUCCAAUACUGAUAUUUCCCUGGAGGACUUGGCCCGCAAGACGGAGAUUUUUGACUUUUACAGGUGGUUGGGGUACCUGGGCCUGCUGCUGUUUGAUGUACUCAUUUGUCUUCUGGUGCUCUUCGGCCUGAUACGCAACUCUAGAGGCACUCUGAUUGGAGUGUGUUUGCUGGGUGUUUUGACUCUGGUGAUCAGCUGGGGGUCUCUCGGCCUGGAACUGGCUGUCGCUGCUUCAGCCAGCGACUUCUGCGUCUCCCCUGAUACCUACAUCACCAGGGUGACCAAGGAAAACGCUGUCAUCAACCAAGAUAUCCUGCAGUAUUAUCUGAGGUGCAGCCCUGGCCAAAUUAACCCCUUCCAGCAGAGGCUGUCAGGGAGUCACAAAGCAUUGGUGGAGAUGCAGGAUGAUGUGGCAGAGCUACUGAGAUCAGCAACACGUGAUUAUGCCAACACCAAGGGGAGUCUCGAGCAAAUCCAGUCUGUGCUGAAUUCCACUGAGGUUGGACUUCACCAGCUGACUGCUCUGGUCGACUGCCGCAGCCUACACAUGGAUUAUGUUCAGGCAUUGACUGGGCUGUGUUAUGACGGGGUGGAGGGUCUCAUCUACCUGGUUCUCUUCUCCUUUGUCACUGCUCUGAUGUUCUCCUCCAUCGUGUGCAGUGUGCCACACACCUGGCCUGGCAAGAGGACGGAUGAGGAAGACGGAGAGGACGAGUCGGGCGCCUCACGGGGCGGUGUGCACGAUAACCUGUACCGCGUUCACAUGCCCAGUCUCUACAGCUGUGGCUCCAGCUACGGUAGCGAAGCUAGCCUGCCCGCUACAGCCCACACUGUCAGCAAUGCCCCCGUCACUGAAUACAUGAGCCAGAACGCAAACUUUCAGAACCCUCGGUGUGAGAACACCCCCCUGAUUGGCAGGGAGUCCCCUCCACCCUCUUACACCUCCAGUAUGAGAGCAAAGUACCUGGCCACCAACCGACCGGACCAGAACCGACGCUCCGUUCCCAACGACCAGCUGGACCCGGCUAGCCGGCCUCACUCCGCCGCCCGACCACAGUCCUCAGUCCACUAAAGACCCACGACCGCACCAGUCCACCCCCAGUACUGCCUAAAUCCAGUUUUUCACAGCCAAUAUCCAACUCAGCUCAACCAGAGCGGAGCGUUUAAAAGCACCAACAGGACCCAUGUUUGUCAAGGUUCCACUGAAUUUCACCUCCACCGACCGGUUCACCACAAACAACACAGCGAGUCAGAACUCAUCAACCAAGCACCUCAGCAAAGGACUGCACUUUGAAGGUCAACUUCUGCUUCUCACCCACAGUUAUUCAAAAGCUUAAAAUUCAAAAAGUCAACGCCCAUUCAGUAAGAUCACAAUUUCUACCCACUUCUCAGUGAACACACACACACCCCGAGCUGCUUGUUCCACCACUGCCCUGACGGAUCAGCCCACAUACCCACAAUGCACAGCAACUAAAGCGCCUUGGCUCUGUCUUCUGCUCUUCUUCCACUCCCUCUCUCCACUGGGAUCUGUAUGCUGCCCUCCAGUGGAGACAGCUCUCACCGCUCACUCCCCAGACACUCUUACGUACAGACAAGAGCACACACACACACACACACACACACACACACACACACACACACACACACACACACACACACACACACACACUGUACAGACCUGUAAAUAGUAAACGUGUGCUUUACUCUGAUUUCAUGAGAAGUAGACUGUUGAAUCAUUACUGGUAAUGUGGUGUGCUGCGUGUUUAUCAUUGAAAUAUUUGCUGUAUCUCUCAUACAUACAAACACACACACACACACACACACACACACACACACACAAACACACACACUUACACAUUUAGGCGUAAACAUCUGUAUAAAUAAUAAGCCAGUGAAUCAGAAAGCCAUGUUUAGAUAGAAACAGUACCACCACAUCCUCUUUAGCUUAACAUUGUCGUCUAACUAAGACUUGAAUUGUGAGCUCGAAAAGCGUGUCCACAUCUCUCUCUGUAUCUGUUUACGUGCACAUGCAGUACACGUGUUGAUUAAUGCGUUUUGAACAUGAGCCAGGAAUCCUGUCGUGGAAUAACUGUUCUGAAUUGGAGAGAGAGACAAGGGACAUAAGAAGGCUCAACCUGUGCCAAAAAACUCUGAAAAAUGAGGGAUGCCUGAUUCUGUCCUCCUCUUCUACUGCCUCCACGUCUCAAAAAAGGGAAACAAAAAACUCACACGGAAUGUUUUCCCGCAGACUGUAAAUAAAAAGGGAACAGAAAAAGACACUUGAAAAGGAAAACAGUGGACAGAAAUGAAACAAGACUCACUGAAAAUUGUGACUACACAUUUGCCAGGUGCUAUGUAAGCCAGUCAAAGUCCCAGGAGACGAUCAGGACCGAGGAGAGACGGAAACGUUUUAUUUUUUAUUUUUAUUGCUUCAUUGUUUUGUUUUCAAUCAGGGAUGUGAUCAGGAGCAUAAAAAGCAGUAAAAUUAAAACAGCUUUCCAUCAUCAAUGGAAGUCACGAAUCCUGAAGAAAUCCCUGAUAAAUAAUGUUACAUAAAAGUGUUACACAAUGAAGGAAAGUGGGUGUUUUUUAUGUUUUAUCAUAAGCUGAAUUCAGGAUGUGAUACUGUGACAAAGUAGUAUUCUGUUCAUUCGACUAUACUGUUUUUUUCUUUCUUCCUGUGCUUUUAUUUUGUUAACUGGUGACCUUGAUCGACUGUUAGCCACCAGAAGUGAUUUUUUUUCUUUAUCUUUUAUUUUAUUUUAUUUUAUUUUUUAAACCCACAAGCACAAAUUCUCUUCAAGGUGACUUUGCGGCAUGGAGAAGUAAAACACACUGCCUGGGACACUGCCAGUGGUUUUUCCUCCCGCUCUAAACUCUCUGUACAGUGUAUAAAAACUGUAUUCGUGAACCCAUGUGUGUGACAUCACUGCAGCGUGAUUGGCUAUUGCUCUAUCUCAGUGUUACUGUGUGUAAGUACAGUGAUCAGUGUGUCUGACUGGCAUCAAGCAAGGGCCAGCUUAUCUAGCCUGAGUCAUUUCUACACGGACGCCGCGCAUGCCCCCAUACACACACACAACAAACAUGCUGUACAGACAUAGACACUCAAUAAACACCGUUUCUUAUUAAGAAAAAAAUCCAUCUUUACCUACGUUUGUCCCGUUAACAUUCACAUCUAGAGCUGUAGUAACUGCACGCCCUCCCACAGCUGUGACAUCACACUGAUAACCAUUUGCAUUAUGGGUGAUGUAGUUGGUAGAAACCUGGAAUCCUGUUAAGUAGCUGAGUGAGCAGAGCCCCCAACACCUUCCAACCAUCAUUCCUGUACAGCAUUUUAAUAUUUUAUGAUUAAUCAAUGACCACUUCUCGUAUUAGCGAGACAAUCUUACAUGUGUGAUUUUACUAGAAAGAAAAUGUCCAUGUUAUGGUAACAAUGCUACCUAUGGUCUAGUACUUUACAGUGUUUUUUGCACCAUAAAUGCAACAAAUGUUCAGAUGUGUGGGACUAGUCACUGAUUAAUGGCCUUUCAUAAUGUUUUUAAACUCUUACAACACUCUUCAUAUCACAACAUGUUUUUUUUUUAUUUUUCUGUCUUGUAAAAAUCAAACUUUAAAGAUAAAAUAAUAGCUAGCUGUUUUGUAGGAAAAUAAAGGCAAGAGCAGCGUUUUUCCUCUCUUAUUAAUGGUGAAUGACUCUCUGUCUUGCAAUGUUUUAAUAAAACUAUUCCAGUGUAGUCUGCACACCUGACUUAAAGCUGUAUUUGAAUUCCUGUGCAAUGCAUUCUGGGAUUUAACCAAUCUGGUAUGAUCCGUCUGAUGGAAAAUUAAAAAAAAAAGAUCCAGGCUCAUGUUUAAGAGUCUGUAAUGUUCAUGUGUAAUGUUGUGUGGUAUGUACAGGACUUCAAGUACACCUCGGUCCAGAUGUGACGGACAAACAAUGUUUUCUAUUGCUGUUUUUAUUUUCUGAUGGUUUAACUAAGAUAUUAAUGAUGUACAUGUCAAAACUGUGGUAAUGAUAUCAUUCAGCCUGGAAUAAAUGUUUUAAAAAAAGAAAUUAAAGCAACUUUAACGUA